AUGAAAGCCAAAACUAACUUUAAAAAUCAAUAAGCUAUUCUACUUCCACCAAUAGAUAGAAGAUAAACUCAACCAAUUUAGUUUGAUUAAAUUAAUUAAUUGAUCAAUUAAUCAUUAUUUAAUCCUAAAUAAAAUAGAGCUUAAUCUCUAUAUUCUUUAGAUUUAUAAGCUCAGAACUCAGCAAAAAUUUCCGCUAAAGUGUCUCCCAGAAAAAAUAUAAAGGAUUAUAACAAAUGGUAUGUUCCUCCAAAAAAAAGGUUUCAUGAUUUAAGAAAAGAGUCUGAAGAAUUUUAAUAGGAACAAUAUAUUAUUAAUACAUAUGCAUAAUAAUAAUUGAAAUACAAUCAAAUAUUGAGAGAGUCAAAGCAAUUAGCAUAAUUUGUUGAUGAAGUAUUAAUGAUAUUGAAAUAAUUUAGUUUUAUAAAAAACAUAAACGAAGCCCUUCUUUCAUUCAUUGA